UGGUUGCGCCUAACUUACGUUUCACUCGUGACGUCUAUGCUGCUACCUCCUGUGAAAGUGUGUUGUUUGUACUGCAAGAGUGAUGCGAUCUCUAAAUCUGCCCUUAUUUAUAACAGUGCAGCUUCGCCAGUCUGUUCACUUUAAGACGUAGUGUACACUUUGUUCACGAAUGCGGUAGGGCCCUCCCGAGACCAUGCUUAGCCGUCUGCAGGAGCUGAAGAAGGAAGAGGAGACUCUUCUGAAAAUCAAGGGGAUGUUGCAAGAUCAGCUCAACAGACUCAAGUUUGAAGAAGGAGCACUGAGAUCUCUGAUCAACGCCCAGAAUGCAGAGUGCACAGAGGAGACAGUCUCAGCCCAGGUGGAAAUUAAUCCAGAUGACGAGGAAGAAAUCAACCAGACAGAACUAGUCCUUGGAGCCCCAAUAGAUCAGAACAUGGAGGAAGAGGAGGAAGAGGAUGAGGAGGACGAAAAUGAAGAUGAUGACGAAGAUGAGGACGAGGAUGGUAACAACGAACUUCAGAUGAUGCUGGGAGUAGGAGUGGAGGAGGAUUACGAGGACGAUGAGGACUGUUACUGAGCUGCUCCUGCAAACCUGGAUGUGAUGUGAUGUGAUGCACCCCUCGUCUCCAUGGUGACGUUUAUGCUGUAGGAUGUAAUCAGUCUGUAAUGAGAGUAGCUCGUGAGCUCAUUGCUAGGAAUCACUGUCCUCACAUUGUAACUCAAGCCAAGGCUUUCUAAUAUCAUUGGAGUACAUGGAAAGUAUUGUGGACUUUGGACAGUUUCAUGUGCUAUUUAGCCGUCAACGUAAAAAAUUAAAGUCCUUUUGGUAUAGAAUUGCAUUCAGCCUGAAUGUAAGAUGUAAGCUACCUUUAUUCAGUGCUUCUGUUCUGACUGGUUUGUAAAUAUUGGGACUUUUUGAGAGCACGCUUAGGUUCAAAAGGUCUUAGUAAACUAAACACAGCAGCUGGUGUAUAUAUUAAACAAGUUGUGAAAAAACAUGUUGUUUUUCUGAGCCACUAAGAGAUCAUCACUGCUACCUUUGCCUUGAAAUGACUAUAGGUAUGAUGGUUUGGAUAUCAUAAAGUAACUGAGCACAAAAGAGAAGACAUGGAAUUAUUUUGAUGUUUACAUUCUUUUGAAACCACAUUGUCACUUUAGAGAUUGUACAUUUUGUUAAUGUGACGGUAAAGAAACAGAAUAUGUUCAAUAAAUGCGCUUUUGAUAUUA